AAUGUUCUCAAUUUUUUAUUUAAGAAUAAAAAGAUUAAGUUUACGUUUUAUCGCUACUAAUUCAAAUUUAACCUAUCUUAAUAUAAAUACUAACAAGUAGGGACAUAGAUUUGCGUAUUAGUUACUGACUGUUAAUAUACACGAAAAUCAGGAUAAGGUACGUAAAAAUGAUAAAGGUGUAAAGGUCAAAUGUUUCCAUUAUUUCAGUGUUAAAAGUACAGUUGGAAUAAAAGAAUGAGUUUUAUGACGGAGCGAAAGUCAAAAGGUGUGGACGAACAGUUACAAGCAUUUCUAGAGAGAGAAAGUAAAAGUCAACAGUUUCAGGUUAGGUUGCAAAUGAUUGUUUUUUGAAGCUUUUAUACAAGUAAGACUGGGACACAAGCUAACUGACGUUUGUUGGGAUAUCUGUGUCAAAGCAUCCAGUCAUUCUUUGGAUUACACUACUAAAAAUUGCUUGAUCAAUUGUGUGGAGAGAUUCAUUGAUACAAGCAAUUUCAUUGCCUAUAGAUUGGCAAACAUAGCUUUAGCUAAUAAUCCCAAAGAAGAGGAUUUAGAAUAAUCAAGCCUAUUCACGAAUAGAUUAUGUAGUAUUUUUUAAUUCACAUUAUAUAAUUUAUUUUAAAAAUGUUCUCAAGAAUUCGUGGAUUUGUAAGUCGUCAUAGACGAAAGUUUAUACUAGGAGGUAUUGUCUUUGGUAGUGUAGUAUUCAUAAGGUAUACAACACGCAAACUUAGAGAAUGGCAAGAAAAGGAAAUAAAAGAUAUGCUUGAAAAGACAAAACGACGACAGUACUUUGAGUGUACAGAAAGAACAUGUAGUCAAAUGAUUAUGUCCCUUACAUCAACUCUAAGGGAUUCUAUAAUCAAAGUUUUAGACACUGAAGCUAUUGUAAAUAAACUUAGAAACGGUUGUCCUGAUAAAGUAGCGUGUUGGAACGAGUUGAAAGUUUUAGCAAUAGCUAGAUCAGCUGUAGUGAUAUAUUCCUAUGCCAUGUUAGCUACUUUAAUAAGGAUCCAAUUCAAUGUAAUGGGCGGCCAUGUAUAUAAAGAUAUUCAGAAUUCUAAUGGCAUGACUACAGAGAACAUUGUACAGACAAAAUACAUGUCACUUUCACGUCAUUUUAUAUAUGAUGGAAUUAAGAAAUUAAGUCUGCUUAUAAAAGACAAGGUUGCGGAAAUCACAGCGUCGAUAUCACUGAAAGACGAAUUAACUUUAAGAGAUAUAGAAGAAAUAUAUUGGGCAAUAACUUCUUCUAUAUCUGCAGAUAGUUCAAAAGAUCCUAUAAAGAAUCUUGCUGAGUACAUGUUACUGCUAACCUGUGAAGAUGAUCAAGAACCUAUUGUAUCAAAAUUAAUUAAUGAAACCCUAGAUCUUCUAGAAAGUGAAGAAGUACAAAAUUUAACACAGAGUAAUAUUAGAAGUGGAUUCAGUUUGCUAGUGGAUCACAUCUCUGCAUUCUUUGUUGGUUCUCCAACAAUGGAAAAUGGAAAAACAGUUCAGAAUGGUUUUUCAGUACCAGGAACAUCGAGCCAGAAUCAUAAUAAUUGGAAAGAUAAUAACGACAUAAGCGCGAAUUAUGAUUCGAAUUCGUUUGUAAAUAUUAAUAAGAUAUCAAUGCCAAUGGCCAAGAUAAUUCCUAUUGUAAAUGGACAAGUACCGGACAAACCAACAGCUAAAGAUUUUCAAACGGAUUUAUUACAACAACUUGUAACAAAUAGCGAACUUAAAACACUUGGAGCAAAUAUUUAUGAAGCAUUUAGUUUUUAAGAUGCAAGUAUUGAAACUACACAUGACAUGCAAAUCCACUGAGAGAUAAAAAUUUUUAAUUUUUAUAAAUAUGUUGCAUUCAAAAUUUGUGCUUAACUAGUAGCAAUGUGAGUUGUAUCACCAUAUUAUGUAAUUAUGAAUUAAAAAUGUGUUAAUAACGGGAUUAUUACUAGUAUAUGUAAAUUGUAAAAGUAUGCCUUGGUCCUCUUAUCACAGUAUGUAAUAUUGUCAAGAAGUUAUAAUAUAUUUUUACUUUUUGAA